ACUCAACCAAGCUUUCUUUUUUUCUCCACUCUGUCAUUCUUACACUCUCUGCUCGCCCUCACCACCUCAACCCACUCCUCGUCCACCACAUCAGCCAUGGCCUCCGCCCUCCGAUUGUCCUCCACGGCCUUCCGUUCGUCGUUGACGGCGUCGGCCUCUGCUCCCUGGAGAUCCGCCGCCGCCUUCAAUGGCUUCCGCAACUACUCCACAAGCAAAUCAGCGUCCCUCAAGGAGACCUUCGCUGCGAAGCUGCCAGAAGAGAUCGAAAAGAUCAAAAAGCUCCGCAAGGAACACGGCAACACAGUGAUCGGGGAGGUCACUCUCGACCAGGUCUAUGGCGGUGCUCGCGGCAUCAAGUCGCUUGUCUGGGAGGGAUCUGUCCUAGAUUCUGAGGAGGGUAUCCGAUUCCGUGGAAAGACCAUUCCACAAUGCCAGGAAGUCCUACCAAAGGCCCCCGGUGGCUCUGAGCCGCUGCCAGAAGGUCUUUUCUGGCUUCUCUUGACUGGCGAGGUGCCAUCAGAGCAACAGGUCCGCGAUCUCUCUGCUGAGUGGGCUGCCCGCUCCGCUGUCCCCAAGUUCAUUGAGGAGAUCAUCGACCGCUGCCCUAGCGACCUCCACCCAAUGGCCCAGUUCUCUUUGGCCGUCACUGCUCUCGAGCAUGAGUCUUCCUUCGCCAAGGCAUACGCAAAGGGUAUGAAGAAGGCGGAAUACUGGCAACAUACCUUCGAGGACUCGAUGGACUUGAUUGCCAAGCUCCCCACCAUCGCCGCAAAGAUCUACCGCAACGUUUACAAGGAUGGCAAGGUUGCGCCCGUCCAGAAGGACAAGGACUAUGGUUACAACCUGGCCAACCAGCUCGGCUUUGCUGAGAACAGCGACUUCGUUGAGCUGAUGAGACUCUACCUGACCAUCCACUCCGACCACGAGGGUGGAAACGUCAGCGCGCAUACUACCCACUUGGUUGGAAGCGCCCUCUCUUCGCCUAUGCUGUCCCUGUCUGCUGGUCUCAACGGUCUCGCCGGUCCCCUACACGGGUUGGCCAACCAGGAAGUACUUAGCUGGCUAACCAAGAUGAAGAAGGCCAUCGGCAACGACUUGAGCGACCAGGCCAUCACUGACUACCUGUGGUCUACCCUCAAGGCUGGCCAAGUCGUCCCAGGUUAUGGCCACGCCGUGCUACGAAAGACCGACCCCCGCUACGUUUCCCAGCGCGAAUUUGCACAAAAGCAUCUUCCCGAUGACCCAAUGUUCAAGCUUGUCAGCCAGGUCUACAAGAUUGCCCCUGGUGUCCUCACUGAGCACGGAAAGACCAAGAACCCCUACCCCAACGUCGAUGCGCACUCCGGUGUCCUCCUCCAAUACUACGGCCUCACUGAGCAGAACUUCUACACCGUCCUCUUCGGUGUCUCCCGCGCGAUCGGUGUCCUUCCUCAACUCAUCAUUGACCGUGCCGUUGGCGCUCCCAUCGAGCGACCCAAGUCGUUCAGCACCGAGGCAUACGCGAAACUGGUCGGCGCAACGCUAUAAAUCGUUCCACGUAUAUGGAGCGAAACAGGUGCAGGAGACAUGUGGAGGUGGUUAAGACUGAAACGACUUCUGUGUACUGAUAGAAUAGGGAGCAUCCAGGACCCGGCAAGGACAGCAGGUAUGGCUUU